GCAGGGCCCCGCGGGGACGAUGCUGGCGGCGGCGCGGAGGGCACUGUGCGGGGUGUCCGCCCGGCGCGGCCCCGCGGGGCUCCUCCUGCCGCCCCGACCCGCCUGGCGCGGCCGGGCCCGCGGGGAGGAGGGCGGCAGCGGCACCGGCGGCGGCACCGGCUUCUCCGUGCGGCGGGUGGCCCGGCCGACCGGGGGGGCCCUGGGCUUGCUGGGAGCCUUCUCCCUCUUCCCCAGGGAUGACGAGGACGGCGAGGACGCCAUUAUCCUCCUGCUGAAGAGAGCCAAGCUCAGCAUCAUGAAGGGUGAGCUGGGAGAGGCCGACCGGAUUCUGCACCAAGCCCUGCAGCUGUCGCACCAGGCAGAUAACAAGAAAGCCAUCAUCUACACCUACAGCAUGAUGGCAAACGUGGCCUUUAUGCAGGGACAGCUGGACAAUGCAGAAAAGCUCUACAAAGCGAGUAUGAGCUAUAUGCUUGCUGGGGACACGAAGGAGGAUGACAAUGCAAUCCUUGAGAUGUCCCUCAAGCUGGCCAGUAUCUAUGCUGCUCAGAAACAGCACAAAUUAGCCCUGGCUGGCUACGAGUUCUGCAUCCUGACCUUAGAGGAGAAGAUUGCCAAGCAAAAGGACUUGCCUGAAGAUGUCUUACCAGCCGAAGAAAAGGCCAACACCCGUCUCUUGCUUGGGAUGAGCCUGGACUCCUACGCUCGCUAUCUCAUAAACAUUAACCAGCUCCCAGUGGCCCAAAAAAUGUACGAGAAGGCUCUGAAGAUCUCACACGAUGUUCAGGGAGAGACUCAUCCACAGACUGUGGUGUUGAUGAAUGACUUGGCCACUGUACUGGAUGCUCAAGGACGCUACGACGAGGCAUACUCCUAUGUGAAGAGGGCGGCUGAGCUGGCAAAGGAGACCCAGCACCCUGAGGAACACAUGGUGCUGAAUAACCUGGCAGCAAUUCUGAUGCACAAAGAAGACUUCCUGCAAGCAAAACAAGUGUACAAAGCAGCUCUGAAGCAGGCACAACAGAAGGGAGAUACUGCUUCUGUCCAGCAUAUCCAGGAAGAACUAGCUGAGCUGGCCAAGAGGAGAAAGGGCUCCAAAUAAGCUCAGCUGUGGAGCCCUGCCUUGAGGGGGCUGACAGCAGCAAGGGCUGGUCCAUACACGCAGCUGGGACCAGGCUGGUGCAGUUCUCCGGGAAGCAGCGGUGAGGAGUUUAAGGACUGCUUAAUGGAAGGGCUGCUGUUGCCUAACAGCUUAGCCCAAAAUAAAGUUGUGAGAUCUUAACUCUGAACCUGUGGUGUAGUCUGUCACUGUGCUGGUGCUUUAACUUAGUCUUGGCUGCCAGCAAAGUGUAAGCCGAGCCUGGUAUUAAUACUUGCACAGAAGUCAAGGAACAGUCACUUGCUACUCCUGACUGUUCACAAAUGUAUUCCAUUUCAAAACACAGCGCUACUAAAGCUACGUCCUGAAAAAGAGAACAGGCAGGAAUAGUUUUGCUCUUUACUUCUGUUAGUGCUACAGCUCAGUGUGGUUUAUCUUCAGCAGAACCUUUCCCAAACUGUGCCUGUACUGUGACAGAGCGGUAGCUCCGUGUCCUUUUCAAACAGGUUACCUGAGGAUCAAGUGUGUUUCUUCAAAGCAUUUAGCACCCAAAGAUAGAAUGUGCCCUCUCAGAGGGGUAGGACUGCUACCAAAACAGAGCUGUUGUCAAAAAUAAAACACACACACUGCCACCUUACCCCAGUCAAGAGCACACUAAGUGCCAAAGCUGUCCUCUCCUGGGGAGGUCAGUGCUAGAAUGCCGAGGCUCCCUGCUGGAAAAGAUCGUGUGUAUAAACUAUCUCGGUUGUAGCUGCGCACCUGCAUCUGAAUCAAGUAGGAACAGUCUGCUCAUACAGCAGAAUUUUUCAGUUCUGCCCUGCAAGGAAGCCUAACGUUAAAGACAAAGGAGAAUUAAACCAGAAAUUCUAUCAGUUCUGCUGUCCUAGCAAAGUACAAACUGUAAUUCUGUCACUAACCAAGCAUUAUUUUAACCUCUCACUUGUAAGAGCUUCAGCUGGUUAGUAUUAGGUUGGUGCAAAAGUAAUUGCUGGUUUUGUUGUAAACUUUGGUUCUUAUUUUUGAUUAAACUUUUAACUGUGAUCAUUUACUACACCAUUUUAAAGAAUGAAGUUUGCUCUAUUUACGCUAAAGGUUUUGGUUUCACUGUUUAUGCUUUUUUAUAUUAUGCUGUCAAAUUAAAGAUG